AUAGAUAUUGUCUAUCAGAUGUUUCACUUCUUCUGAUCUUACUAUUUGUAGUUCGCGAAUUCUUGUACCUCUUUCUGGAGUGAAUAUCCAGGAACCCAGUUGACAGGCAUAAUUUCAAGUUCUUUAACUUCAGCUGGGUUCAAUAUACUUCUCUUUCAGAUUUUGUUGAAACACUUUGAGCAUGGAUACUUCUAGAGGAUUUCGCUUCAGGGAUCCUGAAAACAGUGAUGAUAGCACAUCGGAUGAAUAUUCAGAUUCUAGUAUCGAUGAAUCUAGGCUUGAAUCAAUGACUGGCAAGGGGAUAAAACGUCUUUGUUCAGAGCUUGUUGAGCUAAAGAGGGCAUCGGAUGGAGAUUUUCAGAGAAAUAUUUGUUCGAAUUAUUCGUCCUUUGUCCGAAUAUUCAACGAGGUAGGAACCAUGGAAAACGAAUUCAUCCAUCUAAAACAACAUGUUUUAACACAAAGGAAGCUAGUGAAAAACCUGACAGACGGCAUUUACCGCGAUCUGGUGUCAGAGGAAUCAAUAGAAACAAUCAUCGAAGAAUCCUUAUAUGAGGAGCACUAUCAACCGAGCAACUUAGAGAUAACAGAAACAAUGGACAUACUUUUGUCAGAACAUAGACUAGAUGAAGCUCUGGGGAUUCUGGAAAUAUGGAUUCGGCCUCUAAAGAUAAUACAAUCGGAAGAGAAUCCUCCAAUGCAGGUUUUGAUCUCUUAUAGUUCUGCAAUACUGGAAAGGAAGUCGAGACUUGUGAAUCAACUUGCCCUUGUCGCCAGUCAUCCGAGAGUAGCUGCGCCAGAAUUACGGAAGGCACUUGCCGGACUACAAAGACUCGGUGAAAGUCAGCUUGCAACGCAUAUAAUGCUUAAAUAUUAUCAUCACCGUCUUCUUAAUGGUAUAAGUAGUAUGCAGUCUUCAAAAGAAUAUUUGCAUGGGAUUUACUUUAAGGAACUCGCAAAGUUUGUUUUUUCUGUGAUCUCACAAGGAGCAAAGAGUUUUGAAACUUUACACGGUGAUAAAUCACCAUAUGCUUCAGAAUUUAUUCAGUGGACGCGUGAAGCACUAGAAGUCUUUGUUAUAUAUUUUGAUAAGCAUGUUAAGUCUGAUUCUGAAAUAAAUGGUCGGUUGUCAGCGGCAGUAGCAGCUGUAGGAAUUUCUUUCUCAUUUUGUUCCCUGCUUGAAGCUCAAAGCAUAACGUUGCAACCGUGCUUGGUGAAGCUAAUGAGACCUUGUAUGAACGAAGUUCUAAAGAUGCAUAUUGACCAUUUUAAGAAAGUUGUUGGUAUUUUCACAGCAACUGAUGAUUGGGUACUCGGUAAAUACCUUAUUUCCGGAAUUCUGAAUGAGAGAGCCUUGCCCAUGAUAACUGGUCGUGAACUGGAAUAUUGCAUGCUGACUAACAGCGGAAGGAAAUUAACAUCAAUGCUGCAGGGUAUCAUUAGUGGAGUUUUGCCAUUAAUCGACCUUCAAAUGGAGAUCUCGGUUCUCAAUGGACUAAUGGAACUCUUCAGAGAAUAUAUUGAGACUCUUGUUAAAGUCAUCCCUUGUAAAAUGAACAUACUAGAUGCAGGCGGUUCAAGAGUAAUUUUGGCUCAAGCUUUAUCCCAACAAGUUUCUGUGUUGGCAAAUGCAUCAGCACUUGUAGAUAUUUUCUCAAUCACUUUCAGGAGCAUAUUCAUGGACAAUCAGAAUUUCGGUUUUCAGUCAGAAAAUAUGGGUAGCCGCGGGAAGGAACUUGAUACCUGGAUAGUUGCGAUUCAACAAAUAUCAAAUCAACUCACCACUCAUUUCUGCCAGCAAUUUGUGCAUAGAUUUAUGUGUCCAGAUGCUGGAUCAAGAAUUUGUGCAGAAACUUAUACUGAUAGUCAAGAAGACUCCGAGUUAGAUCAAGAUUUUAUGCCUUCUUCCGCAUUCCAGGUAUUGUUUCUAGAAAUGAGAGGAUUAAAGAAUCUAGUUAGACAAAUCUUUGUUACUGAAGUUUGGCGGGUUGAGGAGCUAUUGAAAGAACUGAUGGAGACUGUUUUUGUUUGGCUUUCAAAUUGCCAAGAUUUUUGGAAAGCCAUUGAGGAUAAAUCGACUAUCAAUGUCCAACAAUCUCGAGGUUUCGAGCAGUUUAUUGUGGACAUGCACUUUCUGUUGGAAAUCUCAAGGUUUGGAGGGUUCUUUUCUGAAAACAUGCUUGAUGCUUCCAUGGAUCUAAUAUAUCGCAUUGAACCAGCAUUUACUUAUGUAGAAUGUGAUCCUAACAGGGAUGUACUUGCAGACGAAUGGGCUACAGAUGUUGCUAAUGCGGCUAUCAAGAAAAUAUUGGAGUAUGAGAUAUUAAAGUCUCCAUCCGUAGCAGAACCUACAGUAUCUACUUUUUUAGAGGAUACAGAGAGUGGGAAGUCAAUCGAUUCUGUCAGGGAAGAUGAUUUUAGUUCUGUUGAAGAUUUUACAAAGUUGGAAGAUGGAAUAACAGAGAAUUUACCAAAACGUUUGGCAACAUAUGAAGAAAUUCAAAUAUCAGAAGUUACCAUAUCCGAUGAAGCUAUGAGCAAGAUACACAUGACUGACAAAACUCAGUUGGAACCUUCAAGGAUUUUUGUGGAGGACAAGGAGAAGUGUGGGUUUGAGAAUUUAAGUGACUCUUAUGAAGAUGCUAGAAGUUCAAUAGAAGAUGUUACGGAGGUGGAAAAUGAAGUAGUUGGAGUAAAUGAAACUGCCAUAAUAAACCAAGAGCUUUGGCAAUUUGAUGGCAUAACCCCUUCUCUUGAAGUCAUCAUCGAUCUAGAGUUGGCAAAAACAGUAAAGUUAGACGAAGCACCAUUAAGGACUUUUGAAGAAGAUUUUGACAAAAAACAGUCUUUGAAGUCAAAUGAUGUAGAGCAGAGGAAGGAAAAUGGAUCUUCAUCGGAAAAGUCUGAGGAGUUCGGCAGUGGCGGACUAGCAGUUGAGGUGUUAAAAGCUGUCAUACUGGAUCAUCAAAUGCAUAAUUCAGCAGCAGUUAUUUCUAAGGAACCCCAAGGUAACAACAAAUAUGAAUAUUCUGAAGACGAGGAUGAGGAUCAAAGUUUUACUGGAUGUCUUGGAAGGUCCAAAGAAGAAUUUGGGACUACAAAUGCAGCCAUUGCAAAUCCAGAGGAGAUUGAAACAAGGCAAUUGCCAAAUGCUUGUGUAGUUGACGAGGUGUCUGAGGAAAUAGGGCAAAAGGCAGAGUUGAUUGACGAGGAGGCUAGUAGUAAUAGUAACCCAUGUAAUGAUUCUUGUACCUCAUUUGACGGGCAUGCUGCAUAAUAUUCAUGAGAAUAUCCAAAAGAGGUAUUCAUACAUGAACUACGCGUAUGAAGAAGGGUAACUUUGGCCAGUGAGCACACUAUUUCUUCAAGAAGUAAAAAAUAUUCUCAACAAAUUAAUA